AUGCCGUUGUCAGUCGAGCAGGAGGACCAGCAAUACUGGCAAGAAGUCGAAGCUGUCAAGCAGUGGUGGAAAGAUUCCAGAUGGCGAUAUACCAAACGCCCAUUCACAGCUGAGCAGAUUGUCGCCAAAAGAGGAAAUUUGAAAAUCGAUUAUCCUUCAAAUGUGCAAAGCAAAAAGCUGUGGAAGAUUGUUGAAGAUAGGUUCAAGUCAAAAGCUGCUAGCUUCACAUAUGGCUGCUUAGAACCUACGAUGUUGACCCAGAUGGUCAAAUAUCUCGAUACCGUCUAUGUUUCUGGCUGGCAAAGUUCCUCUACCGCCUCUUCAACGGAUGAGCCAUCUCCAGAUUUGGCCGACUACCCGAUGAACACUGUACCCAACAAGGUCAAUCAGUUAUGGAUGGCCCAGCUCUUCCACGACCGAAAGCAACGAGAAGAGAGGCUUCGCAAUCCCAAAGAGAAACGCGCUUCCCUUCCAAACAUCGACUAUCUCGCCCCCAUCGUCGCUGACGCUGACACCGGACACGGCGGUUUGACUGCCAUCAUGAAGUUGACGAAACUCUUCAUUGAAAGAGGAGCUGCUGGUAUCCACAUUGAGGACCAAGCCCCUGGGACGAAGAAAUGCGGACACAUGGCUGGGAAGGUCUUGGUGCCAAUCAGCGAACAUAUCAACCGCCUGGUCGCCAUUCGCGCACAGGCUGACAUAAUGGGAACCGACCUCCUCGCUAUCGCCAGAACUGACUCCGAGGCCGCCACCCUCAUCACAUCCACCAUCGACCCGCGCGACCACGCCUUCGUCGUCGGCUCCACAAACCCUAACGUCCCCCCACUAAACGACCUCAUGGUUGCCGCCGAGCGCGAGGGCAAGAAUGGCGCCGAACUCCAAGCCAUCGAGGACGACUGGACCGCCAAAGCCGGCCUCAAACGCUUCCAGGAUGCUGUCAUCGAUCAGAUCAAUGCUAGCUCCGUGGUGGACAAGAAAGCCGCGAUCGCCACCUUCCUGGGUGAGACUAAGGGUAAGAGCAACGCCGAUGCGCGCGCUGCGGCGCAGAAGAUUCUCGGCACGGCAAUCUAUUGGGAUUGGGACGCGCCGCGCACCCGUGAGGGAUACUACCGAUACCAAGGCGGCUGCCAAUGCGCCGUCAACCGCGCCGUCGCGUUCGCCCCCUUCGCCGACCUGAUCUGGAUGGAAAGCAAGCUGCCAGACUACGCACAAGCCAAAGAAUUCGCCGACGGAGUGCAUGCCGUCUGGCCCGAGCAGAAGCUGGCAUACAACCUCUCCCCCUCAUUCAACUGGAAGACCGCGAUGCCGCGAGAGGAGCAGGAGACGUACAUCCGACGGCUGGGAGAGCUGGGGUACUGCUGGCAGUUCAUCACGCUGGCGGGACUGCACACGACGGCGCUGAUCUCGGAUCAGUUUGCGAAGGCGUAUGCGAAGCAAGGGAUGCGGGCAUAUGGGGAGUUGGUGCAGGAGCCGGAGAUGGAGAACGGGGUGGAUGUGGUGACGCACCAGAAGUGGAGCGGGGCGAGUUAUGUGGAUGAGUUGCUGAAGAUGGUCACCGGGGGGGUGAGCAGUACGAGUGCAAUGGGCAAGGGGGUGACGGAGGAGCAGUUCAAAUGA